GCCCUGCAGAUAAUGGCUACGGAAAAUGGCUCUUCAGUGACAGAGUUCAUUCUGGUAGGACUAACAGAUCAGUCUCAACUCCAGUUACCCCUUUUCUUUCUCUUCUUCCUGAACUAUGUUGUCACUGUGGUAGGGAAUCUGAGCUUAAUUACUCUAAUUUGCCUGAAUUCUCACUUGCAUACUCCCAUGUACUUUUUCAUCUUCAACUUAUCCUUCAUAGAUCUCUGCCACUCCUUGGUCAUUACUCCUAAAAUGCUGAUGAACUUUGUAUCAGAGCAGAAUAUCAUCUCCUUUACAGAAUGCAUGACUCAGCUGUUUUUUUUCUGUUUCUUUGUCCAUUCUGAGUGCUACGUGUUGACAGCCAUGGCCUAUGAUCGCUAUGUGGCCAUCUGUAAACCCUUGCUGUACACAGUUACCAUGUCUCCUCAGGUCUGUUCUCUGCUGAUGUUUGGUUCUUAUGUGAUGGGGUUUGCUGGUGCCAUGAUCCACACAGGGGACAUGGUCAGAUUGUCCUUUUGUGAUUUGAACACCAUCAACCAUUACAUGUGUGACAUCUUCCCCCUCCUCCAGGUCUCCUGCAGCAAUACCUUUGCCAGUGAGCUGGUAGAUUCCAUUGUUGUAAGUACAGUGGUCAUAAUAUCCAGCUUCAUUAUUUUCAUUUCGUAUGCUCUAAUACUUUCCAGUGUCCUCCAUGUCUCAUCAGCUCGGGAUUGGUCCAAAGCCUUCAGCACCUGUGGCUCUCACAUAGUGACUGUUAGUCUGUUCUAUGGAUCUGGGUUGUUCACACAUCUCAAGACCUCUCCUGCUGGUUCUAUGGGCCAGGGGAAGUUCUUCUCAGUAUUUUACACUAAUAUAGUACCCAUGUUGAAUCCUCUCAUCUAUAGUCUAAGGAACAAAGAUGUCAAAUGUGCUCUGAAAAAAACGCUGAAGAGAAUUGCAAAUUAA